UUAUUUUUGGCCUGUCCCGUGUCUAGCUGAGGACAGAGAGGGUCAGGUUUGUGUAGAAGGCUUCUGUGGUUGCUCCUUCUGCAAUCCCUCGGGUCUGUCCCAUUCUUUGGCACUUUCUCCACUUGUGUGUGUGUUGUCUGCCGGGACAAUGCCAGGAGGAGGCAUGGAGAACGUCCAGCUGUUUGAUGCUGGGGACAAAGGUCACGGCUUGAGGGCCACUAAGGAGCUCAGUGCAGGAGAUAUGGUGUUUUCAGAGCCUGGGUUUGCUGCUGUGGUCUAUGACAGCAUGGCCGCUAAGGUGUGCCACAACUGCUUUCGCCGCCAGUCCAAGCUGCAUCGCUGUGCCCAGUGCAGAUUUGCCUAUUACUGUGACCGCACCUGCCAGACUGCAUGCUGGGAAGAACACAAGCUGGAGUGUGCCGCCAUCAGGAAGAUAGUCACAGCACCAAAUGCAAAUGUCCGUCUGGCUGCUCGUGUGAUGUGGCGCAUCCACAAAGACACAGGGCUUGGCACUGACAAUCAGCUGGUGGCUGUGGACAAACUGGAAGACCACCUGGCAGAUCUUGGAGAAGAAGACCUAAAACAACUAAAGACCAAUGUGGGCCACUUCUUUGAGUACUGGUCCUAUGGCAGCAAGCAGCAUUCUUCAGACUACAUCUCACACAUCUUUGGUAUUAUUAAAGGUAAUGGUUUGCCGCUCACUGACCAGCGAGGUCUGCAGAAGGUCGGUGUGGGUCUCUUUCCAAACCUGUGUCUUGUCAACCACGACUGCUGGCCAAACUGCACAGUCAUUCUCAAUAAUGGCAACCAGUCAGCCCUUAACUCCGCUCUUCACUCUAAGAGGAGGAUUGAACUCCGAGCUCUGGGUAAAAUCUCUGAGGGACAAGAGUUGACGGUCAGUUAUGUGGACUUCCUGAACCUGUCUACUGAUCGCAAAAAGAAGUUGAAGGACCUGCACUUCUUUGACUGCACUUGUGAACACUGCACACAGCAAAUAAAAGAUGAUCUGAUGAUGGCUGCUGCAGAGAGCAAACCCUCAGCUGAUAAGGUCAAGGAGGUGACUGCUUUUAGUAAAGAAAACGUAGAAAAGAUUGAAGCAGCUCACGCUCAGGGUAAUUUCCAUGAGGUGGCCCGGUUGUGCUGUGAGACACUGGAGAAGCAGGAAAAUGUUUUGGCCGACACAAACCUGUACAAGCUACGUGUGCUGAGCAUGGCCAGCGAGGCCCUGUCCUACCUGCGCGCCUACUCCGAGGCUGCUGAAUAUGCUCGCAAGAUGGUGGAGGGAUACACAAAGUUGUACCAUCCAAACAAUCCUCAGCUUGGCUUGGCUAUCAUGAAAGCAGGUGUGGCCCACUGGCAUGCAGGCCAGAUUGAGCAGGGCCAUGGCUUCAUAUGCAGGGCCUAUUCUAUCCUUAUGAUCUCUCAUGGGCCGAAUCAUGCUAUCACCAGAGACCUGGAGUCGAUGCGCGCGCAGACAGAGAUAGAGCUGAAGAUGUUCAAGCAAAAUGAGAACAAGUAUCAUACGAUGAGGCAAGAGGUUCUGAAAGACAACAGUGCAGCUGACAAAAAGAUUUAAUGACAAUCACAAAUGAAUUGCACCCAGUCUGUUAAGACACCCCAAAUAUGUACAAAUAUGUCAAUAAAUCAACAUUUUUCUGGGGUGUACAAAAAGGUAAAACUAGUUAAUCUAAGAGCAUUAUUGUAAACACACUAAACAUAAUCCCUGUCUGGCAAUAAUGGAGAAUCAAUCAUAAAUGAUACCAGAAAGUGAAGAGGCAAAUGUUGAAGACAGAUGUCUGGAAAGUAUACAGCUAGAAAUAUCAUCAGAGAUGGCCCUGAGGAGCUGUGUGCUACAGUUUUUGCUUUAAAGAAUUAGCUUGCUUUCCAUUUCUUCUCAAAAAGAAAUUUUGUGGAAGCAUAGUACAUACUAAAUUUAAAAAUAUAUCCCUCAAAAUAAAAACAUGCAAAAUUAAAUAACAGCGGAACUGAUCUCACAACAGGACAAAAUAUUUUACAGUAUUGUAUAUUAAUCAUGACUUACUGUACACUGUUUUACUCCUUUUGAGAUUGUUUGUGUCCAAAACAAAACAGCAGAUAAACAAUAAAGUGAUGAGUCUUCCCA